AUGCCCCCAACAUUAUCAGACGGAGUAACCUCACCCAAUGUUUCAUUGGGUGAACAGCUGAGUCAGACGAUGAAGGAAAGGAUCAUGAUAUUUGAUGGAGGGAUGGGAACCAUGAUUCAGCAAUAUCGAUUUGAGGAAGAAGAUUUCAGAGGCUCAGCAUUCCAAAACCACCCCAAAAGUUUAAAAGGAAACAAUGACAUAUUGAGUCUUACAAAACCAGAUAUAAUCUAUCAGAUACAUAAAGAUUAUCUGGAGGCUGGAGCUGACUUUGUGGAGACAAACACAUUCAGUGGAACAAGGAUUGCCCAGGCAGACUACGGCACUGAGGACUUAACAUUUCGUCUUAACUGUGAAGCAGCAAAGAUUGCUAAAAGGGCUUGUGCUGAUGUUACAAGGAAUACAGGUGUGCCCAGGUAUGUAGCAGGAGCUAUGGGACCAACAAAUCGCACAUUGUCCAUAUCACCCUCAGUGGAACGACCAGAAUUCCGUAACAUCACAUUUGAUGAGCUAGUCUCUGCCUACACAGAGCAGGCCCGUGGUCUGUUGGAAGGAGGAGCAGAUGUGUUAUUGGUGGAAACAAUAUUUGACACAGCUAAUUCUAAAGCAGCUUUAUUUGCAAUUGAAGAAUUGUUUGAAAGGGAGAACAGAAAUUGCCCAAUAUUUGUGUCCGGAACAAUUGUGGACAAAAGUGGUCGUACUUUGUCUGGACAGACGACAGAGGCUUUCAUCAUUAGUGUGUCUCAGGCUAAACCCAUGUGUCUGGGUCUCAACUGUGCCCUAGGUGCCUUGGAGAUGAGGCCAUUCAUUGAGGCUGUCAGCAAAAACACAGAGGCCUAUGUCAUUUGUUACCCUAACGCAGGUCUACCUAAUACAUUUGGUGAUUAUGAUGAAACUCCAGAGAUGAUGGCAAGUCAACUGAAGGAGUUUGCCAAGGAUGGACUGCUGAACAUUGUUGGAGGAUGCUGUGGUACUACCCCUGAACACAUCAGGGUGAUUGCUGAAGAAGUUGGCAAAUACAAACCCAGAGUUCCCCCUGCAAGCCUCAGAGAAGAAUACAUGUUAUUGUCAGGGUUAGAGCCAGCCUACAUUGGCCCUUAUACUAACUUCGUCAACAUUGGGGAGAGAUGCAAUGUGGCAGGGUCACGCAAGUUUGCCAGGCUCAUCAAAAAUGGAAAUUAUGAAGAGGCCCUAUCUAUAGCAAAGAUGCAGGUGGAAAAUGGAGCCCAGAUUCUGGACAUCAACAUGGACGAGGGCAUGCUUGAUGGGUCGGCAGCUAUGACUAAGUUUGUCAAUCUCAUUGCAUCUGAACCAGACAUAUCAAAGGUGCCUCUUUGCAUAGACUCCUCAAAGUUUGCAGUGGUAGAGGCUGGACUAAAGUGUGCCCAGGGCAAGUGUAUAGUCAACAGUAUCAGUCUAAAGGAAGGUGAGGAGGACUUUAUUGCCAAGGCCAAGAAGAUCAAGCGGUACGGAGCAGCAGUUGUUAUCAUGGCUUUCGACGAAGAAGGACAGGCAACGGAUGCCAAGCGAAAGUUUGAAAUCUGUAAAAGGUCCUAUGACAUUUUAGUCAAAAAGGUGAAAUUCAACCGCAAUGACAUCAUCUUUGACCCCAAUAUACUCACCAUAGCUACCGGCAUUGAGGAACACAAUAUCUAUGGUAUCAGUUUCAUAGAAGCUACUCGAGAUAUAAAGAAACAUUUACCAGGCGCCCGUGUGAGUGGUGGUGUAUCCAACUUCUCUUUCUCCUUCCGUGGCAUGGAGGCAGUGAGAGAGGCCAUGCACAGUGUGUUUCUGUAUCAUGCAAUUAAGGUAGGAAUGGACAUGGGGAUUGUGAAUGCUGGGUGUCUACCUGUGUAUGAUGACAUCCAAAAGGAACUACUGGAGAUGUGUGAAAAUCUGCUGUGGAACAAGGACCCAGAUGGAACAGAAAAACUACUUGCAUUUGCUCAGAGUAUGAGUGCUGAUGCCAAGAAGGGUAUAGUUAGCGAUGAGUGGAGAUCAAUGUCAGUAGAGGAGAGACUCUCCUUUUCUCUGAUAAAGGGUAUAGAUAAAUUUGUGGUGGAUGAUACUGAAGAAGCAAGGAGAAAUACAGAUCUGUACCCAAGACCGCUUAAUGUGAUUGAAGGCCCUUUGAUGAAGGGUAUGAGUGUUGUUGGAGACCUAUUUGGGGCAGGUAAGAUGUUCCUGCCCCAGGUGAUAAAAUCUGCACGAGUGAUGAAGAAGGCAGUGGCUCACCUCAUCCCAUUUAUGGAGAAAGAGCGACAGGAGAAACUAGCUACAACAGGAGGGAUUGAUAGCAUAGCAGAUGCUUAUGUGGGGACUGUUGUCUUGGCGACAGUGAAGGGAGAUGUCCAUGACAUUGGAAAAAACAUUGUAGGUGUCGUCCUGGGCUGUAACAAUUAUAGAGUUAUCGAUCUCGGAGUGAUGACACCGUGUGAGAAGAUUCUGGAAACUGCAAUGAAAGAGAGAGCAGAUAUUGUUGGCCUUUCGGGUCUCAUCACCCCUUCUCUGGAUGAGAUGAUAUAUGUUGCCAAGGAGAUGGAUAGGAUCGGCAUGCAGCUUCCCUUACUGAUCGGUGGUGCAACCACAUCAAAAACUCAUACUGCUGUGAAGAUUGCACCAAGAUACAAAUUCCCAACAAUCCAUGUUUUAGAUGCUUCCAAAAGUGUUGUAGUGUGUUCAUCACUGAUGGAUGAUACGAACAAAGAAGAUUUUGUGGAGGAGAUCAGUGAAGAAUAUGAAGAAAUCAGAGAAGAGCACUAUGACUCACUCAAAGAGCGAAAGUAUCUUACUCUGGAGCAGGCUAGAGCAAAGAAGUUAGUGAUUGAUUGGAAAGUUGAGACAGCACCAGUCAGCCCGUCUUUCAUUGGAGUUAAAGAGUUAGAGAAUUAUGACUUAUCAAGAAUCAUCCCUUACAUCGAUUGGAAACCCUUUUUUGAUGUCUGGCAGCUACGAGGAAAAUAUCCAAACAGAGGUUAUCCAAAAAUCUUCAAUGAUAAAACUGUAGGAGAGGAAGCCAAGAAGGUUUACAAUGAAGCCCAGGCCAUGCUGAAGAAAAUUUCUGUAAACAGGAGCCUAAAGGCUCAUGGAAUGGUGGCUUUCUACCCAGCCAAUAGUGUUGGUGAUGACAUUGAAGUUUACAAUGAAAAUGGAGAGGUGAUAGGGGUACUGCAUGGUUUACGACAACAGGCUAUGAAGGAGUCCAUGGACAAGAGCCCGUACUUGUGCUUAUCUGACUUUAUAGCUUCAAAGGAAUCUGGAGUGACUGACUACAUAGGAUUGUUUGCAACAACAGCUGGUAUUGGUGUAGACAAGAUGUGUAAGGAAUUUGAAGAGAAGUUGGAUGAUUACAACAUCAUUAUGGUGAAGGCUGUUGCAGACAGGCUAGCAGAGGCCUUUGCCGAGGAGCUACAUGAGAGAACAAGGAAGGAGUUCUGGGCUUACAGUCCUGAUGAGGAACUUGAUGCUCAGGGUCUGCAUAAAAUAAAAUACCAGGGAAUCCGUCCGGCUCCAGGCUAUCCCAGUCAACCAGAUCACACAGAGAAAAAUAUAAUGUGGCAACUGCUGCCGGCAGACCAAGUGGGGAUAACUCUGACAGAGUCAUUAGCUAUGGAACCAGCAGCAUCUGUGUCUGGACUUUACUUUGGAAACCCCAAAGCUUCCUACUUUGCUACAGGAAAACUUCAAAAAGAUCAAAUCAUGGACUAUUCUAGAAGGAAGAACAUGUCCGUUACUGAUGUUGAGAAGUGGCUAGGAUCUGUACUAGCUUAUGAUCCAGAAUAAGUGUACAAAGAUAAGGACACAGCUUCACACUUUCCAAAUGUUGUUGUUAUAUAAAAGAUGUUUGUAAUACACCAAAGGUUGAGUCACAUGUUAAAACAUUCUUGAUAGAAGCAUGUUUAUAUCACUUUGGUCAUUGCAGAUCACAUGAAUAUCAAUGUACAUGGUACAGACAGGAUUUUUACAACAAAAUAUUUGGUGUUUGAGUGCACUUUCUGCACAAUACUGGUGUAAGAUCUCAUAAUGGAAUAUGAAAUACUUUAAAUGCAGAGUUGAUCUUGUUAAUUUAUGAGCAGCCAUGGAUGAAAAGUAUUGACUAUCUAUAAAUUUAUGUAAAAAAAAAAAACAGAGGUGACACUGUGAACUCUCUUUGAAUAGUAAUGAAGGAAGAUUUUGAAUGAAUAUUUUUUUAACAUGUUUGUAAAUAUUAUUCAGGGGUUAGCAUUUCAGACCUUUCAGGGACCAAAACUUGCAAUCACAGAAAUCUUUCACACCAUGAAAAUUCUGAUUAGCUAAAAGAAAAUGUAAGAAAAUCAUGCUUUUUUAUUCACACUUUAAUCUGAAAAGAAAUUGCUCCUUCGCUCAAAAUCUUGCCGUAGAACAAUAUUAAUGAUAUUAUUUCUGAAAUUGAUAGUACAUAUAAUGAAUAAUAUGACACAAUGUAGGCAUAUCUGAACUGAUAUUUUUACGGUAUGCAAAGCAUUGUUGCCUUAAUUUGUUUUACCCUGAGUUUGCACAUUGAUUAAAACCACCACUCUCUCAUACUUCUAAACAAAAACAAAAAAAAUGUCCAGAUUUGAAUAAUAUAUCAUGAUCUCUAUUUCAUAUUUCACAUUCCUAUAGUGUUGUCAAAUUUUGCACUUUGAAAUACUGUAUAGGUACACGUUUUAAUAGUAACCCUAUUUUAGUGUUUUUCAUGCCAAAUGUGUUGUACUAAUGGUUGUUCUAAUUGCAAUUUCUGUUUAUUUAAUGAUUAUUUUGGAUGUGCAAAGUCAUCAUUGCAUUUAUCUGCCAAGAAGAGAUAAUAGGCUAAAAUUUGAUUGCACCAAAUUUGGUUUUAUUACAGUAUUUGAUUUUUUUUGUUUUUUUGGUUUUUUUUUUUCAUUGUAAAUAUGGUGUCUAGAUAUGCAAAUUAGGAGUGUUGUUUUGGUAAAAGUACAUGAUCCUGUUUCAGGGGCAUUGACAAGUAAGCUCAUCAAUUGAUUGUCACUUGUUGAAUUUGCUGCUACAGAUAAAGUUGUUAUGAUGAUCAAUAAAUUUAAAAGUAUUUCACAGAAUAUUUGUGAGGUGAUGUAUUUGUAAAUAAUUUAAUGAAAUUGAAACUUUUUAAAGAUUAUGUAAAUAAAUGCCAGAUCUCGCAUAAUACAUGACGUUUACGUAACUGUAGAUGUUCAAGCUACCUUUACAUUAUAUACAUUUUGUACUUUCCUUAAUCAAUAUUAACAAUUGUGAGUUGUUUGUAACUUUUACUUGAGUGUUAUUUUAUGUUUCCUGGUUUCAAAGUACCAUGCAAUAUGUUUUGUCAAUAUGUUUUUUUAAUGUUUUGAGUUGGUGUUCCUUUUUUUGUUGCAUGUUUUAUUUGAGUUUUAUGCUUGUAUAUCAGAAUAAAAAAAAUAUUUGUCCUUUAUUGCUGAACAAGAACAUUUUUCAUGUUGUAUUCUAAGGGAGGCUGCAGUUGUGUCUAGAUCUUUUUGUUAAUGCCUUUGCUUUGUUCUUAUCACUAUUGUUUAGGCACUUGUACUUGUUUCGUGGUGUGUUAUUGAGGGUGCUUUUACUCUAAAAUAUUUUUAUCGUGGAUAAUUUAUUAAGAAUAUCCAGCCUUGGGGUCAAAUUACAAUCUGAUUGGUCCAUACAAAUAUCAAGUUACCUUGGUAAUAUGAUCCUAGACAUUGAUUUAGGUGUGAGCAGAAUCUCAAACUUAGCAAUAUACAAUAUUUUUUAUACAUUAACAUAUUUUACAUAUAGUUUGCUUAAAAAAAUCAAAUUACAGAUGGAAUUAUAAUUUGCUUUAAAAAAUCACAAGUUGAAUGUGUUUUCACAUGAGCAUGCUGAAAUUGAAAUUCUCGUUGUAAAAUCACAUUACAUCAUAUGUAUGAUGAAAUACAGAAAUCAGUUUCUGUUAAAAUUGGUAGUAAGGUAUGACUAUAUUGAAUAGGAUGAAAAUAUUACAGUAUAUAUCUGGCAAUCAAUGUCAAUAUCUGAUGAGUGCCAUUACUAACAAGUAGUAUGUAGGUGCCCACCCUCUGACUUUGAGUUAGAUGUAUUAUAUAUGACACUCCCUUCCCCUUUCUAGUUAUUGCAGACAAUUAUAGUACUUAAAGUAUCUUGUUUAUUUGAUAACACUAGUUUUUUCUGAGAAAGUGUAAAAUCUUUUUUUAAAAGAAAUGUAAGGGAAGAUUUAAAGAAAUCAGGAAUUAGUAACAGAGAUCUUUAAAUAUAUAGUUACAUGUAAAACGGAAUAAAAAUUUUGAUGUGUUUGUUAAUAUGCAUUAAUGAGUUGUCAUAAUAAAACGUGCAUAAUAUGGAGAGUGGAGAAAAAUGUUUUUCUACCGAAUGUAUAUGUACAAUCACUUUUACUGCUUUUAAAAACCAAUUCUUAUCUGUUUUUAAGGUGUAUUUCAAAAUAAGAUUAUUAGGUAUUAUAAACAUGACCCAUCAAUAUUUUAGAUAUGGUUUUUCAGCCUUUGCUAUUGUAGAUGAUGUCUGAAUUUCCUAGGUUCCAUACAAACACUGGAAAGGAGAAGGAUUUUAUUGGUAAAAAACUGAAGUAAAUCUUUCAUUUAGUAUUGUGAUAUUUUUUAACCGUUCUGCUAGUGAUCUAGCUGCUAUUUUGAAAGAAAAAAAUAAACAGAAAAUGUAUGCAUGAAAGAAAAACUCGAAUUAUUCAAAAAUUGAGCAGAAAAAAUAAAGGAUUUUGUCAA